ACGCCGUACGGCAGCAUGUUCGAGCACCUUAUCCAACUAAUGUGUCAAUUUGUAUUCCUUCGGGAAUUUCUGCAAUUGAAUUGCGACAUUCAGCAGCUAAAGGCGGUUGAUCCGAAUUACGGUGUUACGUGGAUGUUUAUGCCCGACGAUCAGGGUAUCCCGCAUAUUGUCGAUCUUACGGAGCCAAACGAAACCUCCUCGUCUGAUGGCAGAAAGAACAAGAUCUACGAGGAUGUCACGUUCUACUACUACCGACAAGCCACGAUCAAUUCUCCGAGUUCGUUUCGGUUUAUCAACGAUCCUGCUACUCCUUUAGCUCUGAAUAAAUCUUACGAUCCUGCGCUGCCCACAAAGUUCGUCAUACAUGGCUGGAAGAACUCGGUUGUAAGUCCCGUGUCACAGAACAUCAAGAAUGGAUACCUGCAACGGGAGGACAUGAAUGUGAUCGUUGUCGACUGGGGACCGCUAGCAUCGGAUACCUUGUAUUUUCGAGCAGCCUCUUCAACACGGGACGUUGGAAGACACGUCGGUGCACUUGUUGAUCGCAUGGUGGUGGAUCGGUGUACAAACCUAGAUGACGUGCAUAUCAUUGGUCACAGUCUCGGAGCGCAUACGUCCGGAUUUGCGGGACAAUCGGUCAAGAAUGGUAAAGUAGCACGCGUCACCGGUCUCGAUCCAGCUCUGCCCGGGUUCACGGAUCAACAGCCAGACAAACUGCUCGAUCCGAGUGAUGCGCAGUUCGUCGACGUCAUGCACACGUGCGCUGGAAUGCUGGGACACGACAAGAACCUUGGCCACGUGGAUUUUUGGCCUAAUGGAGGGCGCGUCAAUCAGCCAGGAUGUGGAGGAAUUGACGAUUUUGUGGGAGCUUGCAGUCACGGCCGUUCGUACGAGUACUACGCGGAAUCCAUCACAAGACCAAAUGCCUUCAAAGCGUAUCCUUGUCCGAGCUCGGAUGAGUAUCGUGAUGUCAAGUGCCGAUCGGCUGCGAUUCCGAUGGGUGAUGCCACGCCAACGACGGCCCGAGGUAAUCUUUACCUCGAAACGAACCCAAAACCGGAGUAUGGAAAAGGGUUCUAGAGUCCUCCCGAGUCGCUU